AUGGCAGCAGAAGCUCUUCUCCCGCCGCUGCUCCCGACGCCACCCAGGAGCGAGAUGCUGCCGAUCCUCCCGACGCCGCCCAGGAGCGAGAUGCUACCACUGUUGCCGACGCCGCACGGUGUCAUCCUCACCAUGCUGGUGUCCGCGAUGGCAGGCCGCGCCGACUUCGUCCAGAGGUGGGACUGGAACAAGAAGGGCAAGAACUCUUCCUCGUCGUCGUCGUCGGGCAGCGAGAGCACCGAUCGUGCCGACUCCGUCGAGAGGUGGGACUGGAACAAGAAGUGCAAGAAGCCAUGCGGCUCCAUCUGCUCCUCGUCGUCAUCGUCGUCGGAGGGCAGCGGGAGCACCGGUCGCGCCGACUCCGUCGACAGGUGGAACUCGGACAAGAAAUACAAGAAGCCCCGCACCGCCAUGUCGUCAUCGUCGUCGUCAUCAUACAGUGCCGGAGGCCCCGGGCGCGCCGACUCCAUCGAACGCUGGGACAGCAAGAAGAAGCUCGCGACCUCGUGCAGCGCGUCCCUGCCCACAGAUCGCGGCUGCCAUGACGACAACAACAAGCGCCUGCCUAGCCCUAGCCGCGCGUCCUCGGUGGAGCGCUGGGACUUGCACAAGAAGCCUCGCCCAGAGCAGAUGGAGAAGCUGCCUCGGACUAAUAACACGGCAGCGACGAAGACACCGGCGCUAGCCACGACACCACAGAAGGCCAUGUUCGCCGGGCCAAACUUUCACGUCUCGCCGGAUCCGAGCAUGCUCCCCAUGCCGCCCCUGUUUCUGCUGGCACGUUCGCGUGCGCUCUGUACAAGUCAUUAA